AUGCCUCAACCCGACAGUGAGUCAAUAUAUUCAGCAGACAACCGUUUAAUUGCUGACGAGCUUGGGUACGAUGUAAGCGCUAUUGCCAUUGAAUUUCAUAAUAAUUUAAGCAGCCUAACCGAUGAGCAGCGUUUAGUGUUUGAUGAGAUAAUUGAAGUAGUUAAUAGUAAUGCAGGUGGUGUGUUCUUUGUCUAUGGCUACGGAGGGACUGGUAAGAUGUUUCUGUGGAAGACAUUAUCUGCAUCCAUUAGAUGUAAAAGAGAUAUUGUACUAAAUGUUGUAUCAAGUGGAAUCACAUCUCUUUUGUUACCUGGUGGACGUACUGCACAUUCAAGGUUUCAUAUACCUUUAAAUUUAACAGAAAGCUCGAUGUGUUUUAUUAUACCGGAUGAUGACGUUGCUGAUUUAUUGAAGAAAACGAAAUUGAUAAUUUGGGAUGAAGCACCGAUGAAUCAUAAACAUGCGUUUGAAGCACUUGACCGAACAAUGAAAGAUAUCUUCAAAUGUGAGAUGACCUUUGGUGGAAAAGUUAUGGUGUUCGGUGGUGACUUUAGACAAAUACUUCUGGUUGUACCAAAUGGCAGUAGGCGAGAAAUCGUUAAUGCUUCAAUCACAUCGUUGUAUAUUUGGAGUACUUGCAAGGUCCUUACGUUAACAAAAAACAUGAGGUUAACUGUAGGAGCCAACGCAUCUAAUAUAAAAGAGAUUAAAGCUUUUGCGAAUUGGUUGCUUGAGUUGGGCGAGGGAAAGAUUGGUGACAGUCAUGAUUGUGAGCUGGUUAUAGAUAUUCCUGAAGAUUUGUUAAUCAAGUGCUCUGAGGAUCCUAUGUUAGAUCUGAGCGACUUUGUAUAUCCUUCACUUCUUCAACUGUACAAAGAUAAAGAUUAUUUUGCUGAAAGAGCUAUAUUAGCACCAACAAAUGAGGUUGUUCAAGAAAUUAACGAAAGAUUGCUUGCUUCAUUUCCCGGCGAUGAAGUGGAGUAUCUGAGUUCUGAUAGUAUUUGUCAAACUGAUCAAGGAAAGAAUGAAGCACAUGCGAGACUAUAUUCUCCCGAUGUUCUGAAUGGUCUUAAAAUUUCUGGUCUGCCUAAUCAUCGAUUAGUCCUUAAAGUUGGUGUACCUGUAAUGUUGCUUCGUAAUAUCGAUCAACAAAAUGGUUUAUGCAACGGUACGAGACUACGGAUUACUAAACUUUAUAAACGUGUUAUAGAGGCUGAGAUUAUAUCCAGAGGAAACAUAGGGACCAGAACGUUUAUUCCACGAAUCAGAUUGACACCGUCGGAUAAAAGAAUUCCUAUCAAGUUUCAACGACGACAAUUCCCCUUAAAUGUAUGUUUUGCAAUGACUAUAAAUAAAAGUCAAGGACAAUCUCUAUCAAGGGUUGGAUUGUAUUUGAAAUAUCCAGUUUUCUCACAUGGUCAACUUUAUGUUGCGUUAUCAAGAGUUAAAAGCAGAGCCGGUGUGAAGUUUCUUAUACUAGACAAAGAUGAGAAUGUAACGAGUAAAACAACAAAUGUAGUCUACAAGGAAGUUUUUUCCGGCAUUUGA